CAACGCAGAUUUUUCUGGAACUCGAAGCUCCUGUGUUGUUUGGAUUUCUGUUUCACAUGCCUAGAAGUUUGUGUCUAAAACAAGGCAGAUUUUUCUGUAACUCUUGUGUUGUUUGGGUUUCCGUUUCACCUGCUUUGAAAAGAAUACAAAGAAGUUUUCUUCGUUUCUAAGAUUGAAAGUACAAUAAGAAGUUGUAUGACGUUUUUCUGGAAUGCAAUGGAAGAAGAUGAUUAUAUUUACCCCCGUGAUCCAGUCGUCCCCUAUUUGGCCUUUGAUGUGAUAUACUAUUCUACCAUCCCUGUGCUUUCCUUCUUUGGAAAUUUAUUUACUUUUAUUAUAGUGUGCAAAAUUGCUCAAUACCGCCAAAAUGUUCAGGAUGCCUUGGUUGGAUCUUUGGCUCUCAAUGAUGUUCUCACUGUCAUCAUUGUCAUGACACCGACAUUAAUUGCCGAAAUGCGAGGUAAAUAUUUUGGAUCUCGGAUUUUUUGUGAAUUCAGUGCUGUGACGACUGUUUGGUACAUCUAUACAACAUUCGCUAUCAUUGUGCUCAUCAGUGUUGAGAGAUGGCUGGCCAUUUCUAAACCAUUCUUAUACAAACGUUUAGCCAUUACGCCUAUUCAUAUUAAGGGAUUUGUCGGAUUGCAAGGAUGUUUUUGUCUUUUACUGGCCUCCAUACCUCUCUUUAUCUAUCCAGUAACUUUGAAAGCCGGGUGGUAUUGUGCCAUGACGAAUUUUAUUCGAACUAACAUGACAACCGUGAUCAAUGGUUCCAUAUUUGUAAAUGUGACCCAAACUGUUGCCUACCCGGUUCCUGAAGUCAUUUAUAUAAAAAUAGCCUUUUUAUUCGUGGGAAUAGUGCUCCUUGUGACCUGUAACAUAAGCAUCGCAUAUCAGCUCACUAAAAAGAAAGGCUUUGAUAUAUGUUCAAACAGACUUGAAAGACAGUUUGCCAAAUUGAUGGGCGUGGUUGCUGUUAUUUUCUUACUCACAUGGCUGCCUAACUUGUUUGCUAGAUUCGCCUGUGCUAAUGGUUUAAAUAAAUGUGAUGUCGUAGAAUUCUAUGCUAUGAGGGUAGUGAUGAUGGGUGUGGCAGCUAAUCCACUGGUUUAUGGUUUUAUGAAGAAAACGUACAGACGGGGCUAUAUUUAUUUAAUAAGAAUGACUGUUCAUUAUGCCAGUUUUAAACUUAUAUCAGCACCACCUUAUGGCGAAGAAAUAUUUGAUCUACGAGAAGGCGUCGCUAGACGUCCUAAUUCAGUCAGCAGAUCUUCUGCCAAAUUACCCAGUGAGAGUUCAGCUUAAACAAUAUACAGAAUCUGUCAAAUUUGUGGACAUCUUUGAAAUUCUAUGAGAAGAAAUAUUUGUCUGUCUGUAUGAAAGACUGGGUCACGGUUUCUAUCUAAAGGAUGUCGCAGUGUUGGGGUCCAUUUAGUCAGAUUUUUGGUAAAAAGUGCAAGGUGCAAGAUGUAUUAUUAUUAUUUUCGUAAUCUAUGAACAUAAUAUUA